AGUAGUCAAUAAAAUAGAGACAAACAACGAAACAUUUUGGUUUACUAGAUAUUUUAUUCCGGAUAAGGGCAGAUAACUCUGAAAGGAAGGGGGAAUUUGUAAACAAAAAUUAAGUUGGUGAAGAAAAGUAGGAUGUGAACCCCAUUCCAUUUAUUUUCUAACUGAGCAUCGAAAUAAUGGAGGAAUUAGAACAAUCUUCAGAUCAUAUUGAACAAACUCCUGAACCUGAUGAUUGUCAACAAACUGAGGAUGGCAGUGAUGACACAGUAGAUGUAAUUCCUCAAUCGAUUGAAGAUGAAAGAGUCUCAAGUGUUAAUACAAUCAAUGAUGUGGAAUCAGUUAAAAUAUCUACAGAUUCUUCUUAUAUGCCUGCUGAAUUGAAUGAAGAAGAUGAAAAACAAGUUGGUUUAGGUUUACCUAAAGUUAAUUGUGUUGAAAAGAUAAUUAUUUGUUUAGACUUGAAUUUUGAAAUGGAAAAAGAUACUUUUAGAAGUAGAGCUGGUGAUAAAUUUACACAGCUUCAAGUUGUUCAGAAAGCCUUGAGACUAUAUAUUAAUAGUAAAUCAAAGAUCAAUUGUGAACAUGAGUUUGCCUUAGUAGUAUUGGAUAGUACAGCUGAAUGGGUGAGUGAUUUCACAAACAAUCCAAGGGAGAUAAUAGCUUUAUUAGAGGAUUUGAGAUGUUCUGCUACUAGAGAAACAGAAACAUUUGAUAUGUCUUUGUUAUUUGAUGCCAUUGAUGAGAAGGUAACUAUACCAACAGUAGAAGAUCCCAUAUUACCUCCACCUUAUAUAGUUAGAAUACUCUUUCUUUAUGGUAGAUCUAAUUGUCUUAUAGAAUCAACAAACUAUGAGUCACAGAAAACAUUAGAAUCAUCACCAUAUGUUUUUUUUGAUUCCCUGUACAUACAUGAACCAUUAUCAGAAGAAAAUAAAUGUGAAGAAAUAUUCAACAGAUUAUGUAAGCUGGACCAUCGAGGAUUCUCCUACAUAUUUGAAGUUUCUAAAAACCCAACAAAAUUAUAUGUUUAUAUGGCUCAGUUAUUGGCACAUCCUUUACAAAGAGACACACAGCAAUCAGCUGCUUAUAAGAUACGACCUUUAACCCCUGUAGAUCAAAAUGUGCCAAAUUUUCUGACUUAGUUUAUGGCUUGUAUAAAAGGACAUAGUAACUUGAUGCAGUGUGUACCAUGUACUCAAAAGCAUAUCCAGGGAGUCCAGUAAUUUUUCAUGAUUAUGAGUGGCAAUGUAAGCUGUCAUCCACCUCAUUCAAAACACUGCAGAAUAAUUGCUUACUUUACUCUUCAUUAUAUUUAUUUGAGCAUUUCACAUUACUGUCAUAGUGUAGCACAAUCUUAGUGCUAACAAUAGAUCAGUUUAGUAAAUAUAGCAUUUAUUUACAAUGGGAACAGAAUAUGAAACAGAUACAUAAAUACAACCAGAACAUCAACAAUAUAGGAACUUAAACUAUACAGGAACACAUCAGGAUGGUACAUUAACUAUAGUAAAUCCACCAUUCUGCCCCUCUGCCAAGACAGCGGCUGAACUUGGGUGAGUCAAUGCACUUGUCCAAGCCUCUCUUCUCCGUCUCUACUCUUCUCUUCUCCUCCCCGCUCAUCUGUCUGUCAGCAAACUCCUGGUUGUAUAGCCUCCGACAAUAGGGCAAGUGGAUAAGAGUCAUGCAUGAUCAUAUAUGGAAUUGUCUAUUUAUCAGGUCAUGGUAUGAUUAACUGACCAGAUGCGUAUUUCCUUUGAAGUCAUGCGGAGCUUGUACACAGGUCAUAUGUACAUGUAGCUUGUAAAUAUGGGAUUAAUUACAUGUUUAAUUAGAAUGUGACUAACAGAAGUAUAUACAGAGUUGAAAAACUCAAUAUCAUAUAUAUUAUCAAAACCCAGCUGGAGGUCAAUAAGUUCUAUGCACCUAAAUGAUCGUUCAAUUUGAUGAAAGUUAUGGAGUACUUUGUCACAAUAGCUAAUGAUUUUUGCUGUAUUUAUGUAUUUAAACAUAACAAAGACAAACAGAUGUGAGCUGUCUUUGUAUUAUGAAAACAUGAUUCAUGUUAUCACUUAUUUUGUAGAGUCAUGUUAUUUCAAGCAACAGUUAAUAUCUAUAUACUUAUCUAUAUUAUUGUCACAUGUAGAAUUAUUAUAGUAUACAGUGUGAAGAUUUAAAGACUAAAACCAUUUACAACUGGUAUAUUGAAUGUUAAACUUGGCAGAUUUGUCUUAAAUAUUGAAUACAAUCUAAUUUGGGUAUACUUACUGUAUAGCCAAGUCACUUCAAAUUAAAAAUAUUUUUUUUUAUCUCCAACCUAAUAAGGCCACUUUAAUUUUUAUUUCAAAUGUCUCUAUAUCAAAUGUUUAAUUUAAUGUCUGUUUGUUUUAUAAAGCAUGUUUAUGCAUGGGAAUUAGUAUCAAUGAAAUAUAAAUCAAUUUUGAAUGCGAAUUUAAAAUGAUUUGUUAAAAUUAAAGAUAUGUUCUUAUGACA